AUGAAAAACGGUAAUAAGGAAGUUAAACUGAUUUACAGAAAAUUAAAUGACAAUUUUUUUAUCAUAAAUAAACCUGUCAAUUGGGUAUUAGGAAAAAGGCAAAAAAUAGACGAACAAAAACAUAAUGCAAGUAAUUAUUUUUUAAGUGACUACAUCAGUAGUUUAAAAAAUGAAAUACGAGAAAAUUGUAAUAAGGGAAACAAUUAUGAUUAUGUUAGUAACUUAACAAAUUUAAGCAUUUCUGAAAAAAACACAUUUUUAUACACAAACUCGCCAUUAUAUAUGUAUAACAAUUUAAAUUCAAAUUUGUUUUGUAAUACAAAUAAAAUAAAAAAUACUUUGAAUAUAUAUAAUAAUAUUUUUGUAGAAAAAAAUUAUAUCGAAUCGGUAAUAAAACAUGACUCUAAUACACACAUUUAUUAUCCUUAUAAACUUCCUAUAUAUAUAAGUGGAUUAGUUAUAUGUUGUAAUAAUUAUUUGAUAUAUAAAAAAUUUAUUCAAAUGAUUAAUGAAAAUAAGUUAAUACGUAAAUAUCGAUGUUUAGUAUCCAAUCCAUUUUCACUCGUUGACAUGAAAAAUGAUGAUAUAGACAGUUUAAAAAAAAAUAAUACAAUAUUUUUUUCGGAAGAAAAUAAACAGUUUAUUACUAAAAGUGUGAAUAUCCCAUCAAACCAUAAAUAUGAGACAAAUAUAAAUAACCAAAUAAAAUCUAAAAAUAAUGAAGAUAUAAAAUAUAAUACUACUCAAAAGGUGCUUCAAAAUAUUUCGUCUUUACAAGCACAAAAAGAGGCAACCAUUAUUUUUCCAUUUUAUAAUUUUUUUGAUGAAAAUAUAUAUUCCACAAAAUAUCUUUAUAAUUUAGUAGAUCAUGAAAUAAGCAAAUUGAAACAAAAAAAUAAUAAAAAGGUGUUAAUUGAAAAACAUUUUAUUUCUACGAAUUUAGUUAAAAGUUCACCAAUUACAAGUUUAAAUAAUUUAACUUCUUUUCUUCUAAAUAAUGUCAUUACAAAUAGUUUUGAUAAUGUUCAUGUGGAAAAUAUUUCUGAACAUGUUAAUUUUAAAAAAGGUGAUUUUAAUGAAGGUAACAAAACAAUGGGGUUUCAUGAAAAUGAGGUAAACCCUGAACCCGCUGAUAAAACGAACAACCAGAAUGACUAUAAUGGUGUAGAAUUAAAAAAGAAUUCCAUAAAAAGAAUGAUAGAUGGAGGAAUAGAUUUUCCCUUUUCUUUUUUUUUCAACCAAGGUAAUUUAUAUUUUUUCGAUAAAAAGGUUGGAAAAAAUUCUAAACAAUUUUCAAUGAUUUAUAGUAUUGAAAAUUAUAAAGAUUAUUUAGACAAAAAUAAAAAUGCUAUACCAUCUUUAUAUGAUCAAAGAAUGGAGAAAGAAGAUUGUAUAAAAAGAAAUAGAAACCUUGAAUAUAAUUAUAGUAAUAUAUAUAUAAUCGAUUUUAUAUUGCUAGAUAAUUUAAAGACAGAUCUUAUUCGUUUUUUUUUUAAUGAAAUGAAAACACCAAUAAUAUAUGAUAACAUAUUUUAUAAAAAUUGUUUUAAAAUAGAUAUAAUUAAUGAGAUACUUACACAACAGUUAGAGAAAACUAUAAAUAAAGAUAUUAAUAAAGAAAAUGCAAAUGAUAUUUUUUAUGAUAAAUAUUAUAAUAAUAGUGAAUAUACAUAUAAAAAUUCAAAAAAAGAUCAAGAUAAAAUAAUUAAUGAGCAUAUUUAUAUGACAACACCAAACCAUUUUGAUUCAUUUACUAUCCCAUUUGAAAAAAAUACAACAACCAAAACUAGUGAACAAAAUAAAAUUAAAAUAAAUCAAAGUAGUUACUUUAUAAAUGAAAGAAUUAGUCAAAAACAUACUGACAAUAAUAGACAAAAAUAUAACAAAGGUGAAUCAUUUAUUUCAAAAAAUAAUAAAAGUAAUAAUAAUCUUUGCUUAGAAUUAUAUCAGUUACAAUUUAUUGAUCCUAUCAAUAAUGAUCAUAUAAUUGUUGAAAAUUCGUUACCCAGUUCUUGGGUAUAA